AACUUCCCCCACUCCCACCCCACUGGCCCACUAUACUACUAUAACUAUAACAAACACCAACUAAUCAACCCCCACCUCACCAAGAGAAGCAAACACAAAAUAUAUACACUAUGUCCUCCUCGACCUGCAUAUCAAGCUCUUCCGACUCCCGGUUUUCGAAACCGAUGGAUCUUGGUGGUGGUGGUGGUGGUGUAAGGGUGGUCGACAGCAAAUCAUGCCGGCAAUUAUACUUAAGAACUGCCUACACGUUUUCACGGCCGGAUGAGGAGGAGGAGGAGGAUGAUGGGAAUAUGAAGAAGGCUAAGAAGUGCUUGGGUAGGGUUAGAAACAGAGUUUAUAGAAGAGAUGAUCAUCAUAACAAUAAUAAGGGUAGUAUGGUAAUGUUUAGAAAGGUUAAGGAAUUCUCUUGUGCUUCUCUCUUGGCUAUGAUUCGUAGGAUGCUUGCUUGUACUGCAAAAGUUGAUGCUGCUCACCAUUAACUUAAACCCUUUCCUUUCCAUUCCUUUCCUCUCCUAGCUUUCCACAAUCAUACAGAAUCGUAUACCUUAAUAAACUUCAUCUUUGAUGAUAUAGUACUAGCUACCAAGUAUAUUUUUCUGAUGAUAGUAUAUUUUAGUCCGUAUCACUCUUCUUCCGAUCGUUUUUUGUUUGUUUGUACGUACUAAUAUAUGUAUAUCUCCUAGUAUUAAUGAAAGUUGAUGUUUAAUUAGCUAAAAAUGAAUAAAUAUUACGGAGAAAUAGUGCUUUAGCA